UGCUGUGGCCACCCCCUGCCUGGCUGACGGUCGCAGCUAGCGCACUGUCACGACGGAGCACAUUCUGAGCAAAAGGCUCAGGUUAUAUUUUUGGACUGCCAUGGAGACUGGCCCUUCCAUAUGUAGGAAGAGUGUAUAGUUGUGCUCAACAUGAGCCUCCCGCUCUGAUAAUCCGGGCCGGGACAAGCAGGCAGCAGCCGGCCGAUCCCAAGUAGCAGACACACAGGGGACUCCCCUGUCGGGAGUGUGUUGGUCAACGGUAAGAAGAAUAACCUGGGUGUUAAACUGCUCAUGGCUGCCAGUUAUAGCAAUGUCAAUGAACCAGGCCUGCUUUUCCAGCAGUACCCUCCAGCUCUACUGCCCAAGCCUGGCAAGGAAAAUGCUAGACUCCAGAAACUACUCAAGAAAACGGAGAAAAAAAUCAAGAAAAAAGCCGCUCCUGAGAUCGCAAAGACACCUGUCCCUUUCCGCUCAAGCCUCUCUCCUGUGAAUGAAGCAAGUCCUGACUUGGAGCACAGUGACCACUCAACCCCUCCCAAAACUCCAGAGGCAUCCUUCUACACACAGCACCCCAGAUUUUCUGUCAGGCCUGUCUAUCGUCAUGUGGCAUCCCCUUACCCGCAGCAACGAGGAGCCACUUUUGGUGGAACAGCAAGGUUCGCCCCACAGCUGUAUGCUGCUCCAGCCCCCACCUUCCCCCAAUAUGUGGCCCCACUCUACACAUUUACUCCAACACCCCCGUCAGCCGUUCCAGGGCCAGCCUUGCAUGAAUUGGCACCCAAAACGCCUGAGCAAACGUCCUCUGUGCCUGACGUGACAACGACAGCUGCUGCUCAAAUUGCUCCUCCAGUCACUGCUUCAGUACCUCAUCCACUCAGUGCUCCAGUUGCUCUUGUCACAGUCACUCCUGCUGCCACACAACCUACUCUGCGAAUAGCCCCAGUAGUAAUACACCGCAAAAGUCCAAGUCCACGUUUUAAAGCUACCGAAGCUGCACUAAAAGCACCCAAAUCGAUGUUUGAUGUCCCUCAAAUAAGGUUCUAUACUGCAUCUAUGUCCCCCCUCCAUGAUUAUACUGGCUCAAAGACAUCUACUGCAGACGCAUUAUCUCUGAGUAUAACACCCACAUCAGAAAUCACAAGAGCUUUUACUGCUGAAAUCAAAAGGAGUGCAACACCUACAUCCGGGGUAAAAAGAGGUUUAACACCUACACCUGGACUCCAAAGGAGUGCAACGCCUACAUCUGAAGUGAAAAGAGCUAAAACACCAACUCAUGAUUUUUUAACACCAAGAACUCCUUUAGGUCGCCCUAAGACACCCUCAUUUCAUGUGUCCCGUGCCAAAACACCUGUUUUUGAAAUAUCAAGAACCAACCCACUUUUAUUCGCUGUAUCACCCAUUACUACAGAGGAACAGAUAUCUAACACACCAACACCUGGUACUAAUGCUGCCAGUCAGUCUUUGUCUGACCCUUCAAAAUCACCUUCAACUAUUCUAGGUGCAAGAACUCUGAAUGGUGAAGUAACGUCAAAAGAGACUCCCACAGCUAAAUCACCUCCUCAGAACACUUCAAAACCAGAGGCUCCUCGACACGAAAAUCCUGUAGUUGAGUCUGCCAGACCAAAGACCCCGACAGAUCUAUUAGGCUAUCAAAGGCCCAAGACUCCAACAGAUAUCACACCGAAAUCUGCUGCACCCUCCUAUGGGUACCAAAGACCCAAGACUCCAACAAUGGUCACACCAAAGCCUACAGCACCCACAGAUGGGUACCAAAGACCCAAGACACCAACAAAAGAAACAUCAAAACCUACAGCACCCUCAGAUGGGUAUCCAAGGCCCAAGACUCCCACCAAUGAAGGGCAUAAACCUAUGACUCCAACAAUUGAGUAUCAAAAACCACAACCACCAGCAGGGUAUCAAAGACCAAAGACUCCCACAGCUGGGGUAUCAUCUAUAGGUUUUCAAAGGCCCAAGACACCAACAUAUGUGGAUCCUAAACCAACCCAUACCUAUUAUGGGUUGACUCCUGCUGCAUAUGUUGCCCAUGGUGGAAUCCAAAGUUUUUCACCUUUAUUUGGAAUAUCCAGGUCUAAGACGCCGACUCAAGAGGAAUCUAAAACCCAAGAGCUAGAAGCAUCUAAAACACCUACCCAAGAGUUACCUGUAAAAUCACAUCCUUUGCCCGAGGUGUCAAACCAGGAGGCACCCUUCAAAGAACUGGAAAAAACUAUUUCAAGUGAGGCCAUAGUAUCCACGACAGUAGUUAAGCUUCCGCUUCCAACCAUUGUUGUUACACAAGCUGAAGAGGUGUCAGAAACAAGAGUAUCCACAGCUGUGACCAGCAAAAUAUCAACUCCCAUUGCUGAAAUGCCAAAGGUUAAAACUGUGGCAAACACAAGACCAUGGGCUAAAUCUCCAACACCAGAGGUUAAAACCCCAGUGAAGACACCAACUUAUGGAGUUUACCCAAAACCCAAGACACCCACCCCAGAAACCCAACGCAAGACAAUACCUCCUUUCUCAAAAACAGAAUUUCCUGUGGCUAAAGCCAGUGUGGUUCAACAGAAAGAGUUGAAUGAAUCAACAGAGCCUAAAAUGCCAACCAAAGCAACCUCUGAGGCUAAACCAGUAGGGACAAAGCCAACCAAUUCUUCUCCACUUGCAAAGACUGCAUCUCCUGAGAAUCUUUUGUUGCCGGCUAAACCAAAGAAUAACCAGGAAGCCAAACCUGAAAAGGUGGUAUCAGCACCAACCACACCAUUGACAGAGAAGAAGGAAGAGAGGAAAGACUCUUUCCCAGCAGCUGAACCUCUUCUUAAAGUGAUCCAAAAGCCAAAGGGCAUGAUGAAGUCUAAACUCAGUGGUUGGUCACGGCUCAAGAAGCACAUGGUAGUGGAAGAAGAACCACCUAUGUUCAAAGAAUCAGAUCCUAAGAAAGAAACCGCCAAGGUGACUGAGCAGGAAGGAGGUGAAGCGAAAAAGGAUGAAAAGGUGUUAUUUAAAGACAUGGUGGCAGCCGUAACAGCUGAUGAUCCUCCCAAGGCAGCGAAGAAGUGGGAUUCUCUUCUCUUCGAUAUGUUCUCCACUAAAGAGAAGAUUAUGCAGGUGAUUGAAGCCAGCAAAAGUGAGGAGGAGAGGAAAGAGCAGCCAAAGGAUACAGGGAAAGAAAUCCCAUCCUUCGCCCAUCGUCUACCUGUUCUCCUUUUCAGCCCAAAGUUUGAUGCCAAAAGGCUAAGAGAGGCUGCGUCAAGGCCACUAACUAAAAUUUCGACAGUGUUUGAGAUGGGUCUCAUAGGGCGUAAAAAUAAAGACGAGGAACCAAAAGACUUUAACAGAACAGCUAGAGGGUUCACUUGUUAAAUGUUUUAUGUGCACUGGUGUAGAAAUGGUAGUCAUAAUGUACAGUUCCCAUCUCUCGGCUUGACACAGGAUACAAUAUUUAAGACAGUCUCAUAGAGAAUGUGGUCUUAACUUUAUACUUGAUAAAUGCACCAUGUUGCAUUUUGAGCACUGAUUGUUUUGUCGUCUGACUAUGUUACACAUUUGUGUGAAUGUCUCUUUCUCUGAUAAUAUGAAAAUAUUACCUUGACAAUCAGAGGAGAAGGGAAAAUGUAUUGUUGUUUUAAAAGAAUUUAGACAUCUCGUGAAAUUAAAAUGUACAAAGAUUAAGUUAA